UCUGUGGAGAACGGGGGGAGGCGGAGAGAGCCGCGGUGGAAGGCGGCGUGCAGGACCACAAUCAUGUUUUAAUCCUCGGAAUCAUACCUGUGCUUUUUCCCAUGCUUCUGAGACUCGAACGAGCAAAACUUGUGGGCCCACUGCAGCAUUUUGGCGUCUUUUCUUGCUUGAGAAUCCACGGCUCUACCCCCACCCCCCUUACUGCAAUAUUUGGGCAAAGAUAAGAGAGUCAAGGCUGCCAUGGCAGCAUAGGAGGGGGCAUCCUCAGCCAAUUUCUCGCUCCUCCUGUCUAUGAUGCCUUAUUGUUCCUAUACGAGCGGAUUUGGGAGUCAGCAUCAUUGUAUGUCGCACCGCCGCACGCCGACCCGUUGGAAUUAAGCGGGGAUCAAGCAGCGGAUCCCGAUGGCAUGGACACUUGUGCGAGGUCCGCCGCGCUGCCGAGCCACUGGAGCCCCCUCGCCGUCUCCUCCUCCUCAGCCAGCCCAGCACUGUCGCCAUCGCCCCGCAGCCCCGAGAGCCCCGCCGCCGCCGCACCGCCAGCAGCCACUCACGAGCCACAGCAGGCGGCAUGAGGCUUGAGUCGCUCGCACCUCUAUCCAUGCUGCUCAUCGGGGUCUCAUUCGCCUGCUACCCCCCGACUUCGGAUUCCCUGCAGGACCGGGCGUACAGGUCGGCCGUGGUGAUCGAGGGCAAGGUGCAGUCCACGCCGGGGAACGCCUCCGCCGAGCCUCCGCCGCAGCCCGGCGUGCACGUCCAAGUGUUGGACGUGUGGCCCCUCCACAGCGGGGGGCUGGAGCCUCAACAGCUCGUCACCGUGCUGGGGGAGUUCGGGUCGGAGGCUCCGUGCGCUGACGUGCAGAAGAACCACAAGUAUAUCUUUUUCAUGGAGCCCACGGAGGCGCCACUGGUCUACAAGGCUUCAUUCGCGCCCCUGGACACAAGCGGCAAGAGUCUCAAGAAGGAUGUUAGCAAGAUUUUGUGUGAGGACUGCGCUUCGGCUCCAAAGUUAAAACCAUUGAGGUAUCCAUCAAUAGUGGGCGAGGGAAGCAAGAUCACAGUCAAGUGUGAGGCCACGGGGAACCCUCUGCCGACCUACAAAUGGUUCAAAGAUGGCAACGAGCUGAAGAAAAGCAAAAAAAUUCGAAUAAAGAACAGCCAGAAAAACUCCAGACUCCAGAUCAGCAAAGCAAAACUGGAGGAUUCUGGGAAUUAUACUUGUGAGGCGGAGAACCUGCUGGGAAAGGACAAGUCCACUGGCACUAUAAACGUCCAAAGCAUAACCACAACGCGAUCUCCAGGCUCAGGCCACGGCAGAAGAUGCAACGAAACAGAGAAGUCCUUCUGUGUGAAUGGCGGCGACUGUUACGUCAUACAUGGUAUAAACCGGCUGUCCUGCACGUGUCCAAAUGACUUUACUGGUGAUCGGUGUCAAACCUACGUUAUGGCACGUUUCUACCAUCAUCUUGGGAUUGAAUUUAUGGAGGCAGAAGAACUCUACCAGAAGAGAGUCCUGACAAUCACGGGCAUUUGUGUGGCUCUGUUGGUGGUGGGCAUAGUUUGUGUGGUUGCCUACUGUAAAACCAAGAAACAAAGAAAGAAGAUGCACAAUCAUAUGAGACAGAACAUGUGUCCAGAACACCCCAAUCGGAACCUCGCUAAUGGACCCAAUCACCCAGGACCAGGACCAGAGGAAAUCCCCAUGGUAGAUUACAUAUCAAAGAACGUCCCAGCAACUGAAAGAGUCAUACGGCCUGCCACAGAAGGAUCCUUCCCCGCCAGCCACACCUCUUCCAAAUCUCACAAUUCUUCCACACGCGCCCAUUCAUCAACUCACAGACCCGAGGAACGGACGUGGAGCCUGGAACAUUCGGACAGUGUCCUCUCUGACUCACCGGGGAUGAUGUCAUCAUCAGUGGGGACCAGUAAAUGCAGCAGCCCCGCAUGCAUGGAGGCACGGGCCCGGCGGGCUGCACACUGCGCUUAUAAUGACCCGCAUCGGCCGGCCCUCCAAUAUGGGGACUCCUUUGACUCCCUGGGAGACUCUCCACAUAGCGACAGAUAUGUGUCAGCCCUAACGACACCAGCCCGCCUCUCGCCAGUGGAUUUCCAUUACUCAUUGCCCCCGCAGGUGCCUACCUUCCAGAUCACUUCGCCCAACGCCAGCCACGCCAUGUCCCUCCCUCCCGCUGUCCACAACCCGUACCCUCUGGAAGACAACCAGCCUCUGCUGCGCCGUUACCAAGUGCCCCUCCACGACGCCCAGUGCCAGGAGGCCUACCGGCAGCAGCGGCGCACCUAUCCCAACGACAGCAGGGGCAGCCUGCCCUCCAGCCCCUACCGGCUGGCGGACGACGAAGACUAUGAGACCACCCAGGAGUAUCUCUCCUCGAGGGAGCAACCAAAGAGAAGCGGGUCGGGCGCACCCGAUAGCCGGCGCUGGCGGAGAUCCAGACUGAACGGCCACGUGGCCCCGCGUGGAUACGAGGCCUCCCGGGACUACGGCUCCCGGAGCUGUCUAACGGGAAGCGAGUCGGAGGAGGACGGCGAAAGCACGCCAUUCCUAAGUAUGCAGAACAUGAACGCUGAGCCCUCUACCAUCUACAGGCCGGUGGACAGUCGGACUCCACAGUCGUCGGGGCGGCACAGUGGGCAUGGCAACAUGCAAACGAGACUUACGCACUCCCGCUCCAAACCGGACACGACACCCCAUUAGAGAGUGACCAUGAACCAACAAAAAAGUCAAUAUAGUAUAGACCUGCAUCUAUAAGAAAUAUUUUUAUUUUAUAUAACUGACAGAUAUUCUAAACAAAUGAAAUAUUUAUUUUCAUUUUAGCAAAAGUUGUCUACUAGUUAACAGCAAAGACUUUUUUAUAGGGAAAACUCUAUUUAUAUGUACAUUUUGAUUUACAGCAUAAAAAGAUGUGCCAGUUUUUUCACAACGUCAAAAAGAAAAAAAAAAUAGAGUAAUAUUGUGGUGCCUUUUGCUGUUUGCCGAUGCCAGAGGGCCAGUGGAGGUUUUUGUAGCCUUUCUUAUACGGACACCUCAUUUUUUAUACACAUUAAUCUUUUCAUUUCUUUUCUUUCUCUGGAUAAAAUUGAUUUCCAAGUCGCAUCCUUUGAGGAGUCGCACCCCACUGGAACGUCCUUCCAUAUCACGCAAUAUAAACCACUUUCAAGUGUAUGUUUACAUCACCUGUAGGUUUUUGUUUUUAUUUGGGAUCAAAUCGAAUGCCUGGUUCGUGAAUACCACGUAGAAUUUUUUGACAUCUGGUUUGUGUGUGUGUGCGUGUGUGUGUGCGUGUAGUGAGUGUGUGUGCGCAUGUCACCUUGCUUGCAUGUAUCGAUAGAUUUGGAAUGGUUGUUAGUGCGGCGGCAUCGACCCUGAGGGUUUGCCGGUGCGUAUCGGAACUACACAGAACCAUCGUUAUAUUACGACUAUGCCCCUCCCCUUCCCUGGCCCCGCCCCCUAGCACCACUGAGUAGGCGCAGGUGAAGCUGCGGUAGGUUAUGCAGGUUAUGCAGGUCAUUGCUUGAUGUGUUUACAGAUAUUCUUUACACCCCUCGCCCAGUCUGUCCCAUUAGCCCCCCCCCCCCUCACCCCCACCCACCUUUUUCUGCAGGCUCCCCUCAUUUUAGCCUUUUACGAGCCUCACAAAUACUGAGCCGCUUGGCACAGGGUGACCCCUGCCAUCAGAGGUGGUGGGUAAAACAAAAAGAUUGCAUCUGUUUUCACUCAACUCUUACCCCCCCCCCCCCCCCCCCCCUUCCUUAAAAUCCCAUACUUCAUCAUCCUUCUGUGUCCAUUCUGGUUUUUGUGGUCUCUGUUAGAGGCCACACAGUGUCUCAGGAUUUCCACACACACACUCCCCUUCCACGCCAUCAUGCACUCGUAUCCUAAACAUCAAGUCAAGUAAGAGGAAAACAAAACAAGUGGAAUAGCUGUGAAAGGGAUCAUACAAUGCAAAAAUAUGCAAACUUUCUAUUUUGCUGUUUGAUGACAUCAUUUUCUAAGAGGUGACCGUGCGAUGUGUGCGUGAUGCCUGUAGUGUAGAAUGAAACAUGAUAUCCAGUCAAUGCAUAUUUAACAGUUGUUUUUUUUUGUAAAAAAAAAAAAAAAGCCAUCUAGCGAGUUUCUUGUGCGCAUACUUAUUUUAUCACUCAAUUUAGAGCGCUUCACUUUUACAUGCACAUUUCCAGUAAGGUCAAGUAGCAUUCAAAUAGUGUCUCCGAUAGUACUGUGCACCUACCGCUUUGUCUUAUUGACAGAUUUAGUCAUAUCAAAGUCAGCCUGAUGCAAGGAAAUACAUUCAAGGCCCCAGAAAAAUUCUGAAAUGUUUUGUCAUUGUUGGAAUGUUGCUAUUUAGCAUUCAAAAGAGAUGCGUACAAUUGAUCUGCACUUCGAAUGGAUAGUAAGUGGUAAUUGCACAGUGGUCUCUUUUUUUAUUAUUGGGAAUGAUCUUUGGUCACAUGUCACUUGCAGGUAAUUUCAAUUUUCCUGCCUCCUCUAACGUAAAUUCUGUGAUUCCCCUCACUUUGGCAAAACUCACCAUGUUGAGGUCCUACCUGGCAUGCCCUGCUCCAGUCUCCUCUCUUUUCAUUUUAAGACCCACUUCCACCUGACCUCGCACCGUCCCCCCCCCUCGCCCCCAGGCUUGAAACUCUUUUCCUCUGCAUGUCCUUGUGGUCAAGGUUAGAUGGGUGCAUGGUUUUAAAAAAAGGAGAAAAAAGAAAAGCAGCGGACAAAUCUAUUCCAGUCAGUGAAAGUGUAUUUCAUUUAACAUUCAGCAAUAAAAAUACAGACCCCAACCCUUGACCCCCCCCCCCCCUCUCACCCCCACCCCUACAUAUGUCAUUCCUGGAAUAUGCUAGAAAUAAAAGAAACAAUGCGAGAUUGUCAUAGAUUGUAAAAUAAAAUGAAAAAUGAUUCCACCUGUUCAUAUGAGGAAAAUAAAUCUUUAUUCAUAUCA